CGUUUUGACCCGGACUGAAUUGUUUAAAAAAUUCUGCUCCUCAGCAUGUAGUUUCCAGAGAGAAACCAGACAUAUAUGGUCCACUAAAGCUGAGAGAUGCUACAGUGCAGCCCUCCUAAAUAGAGAUGGCAGCAUUAAGUGGAGUGAGGGCCCUCCUCAGCCUCAGUCGAUCAGUGACCUUGCAGCGCAGCUUUGGACUCAUUCCAGUACAGUUUACAUCAAUCUGCCUACAUAGGAGGCUUUACAGAACUCCUGUGGUAAAUGAGGAGUCAAAGCCUCCAGAGAACACAGAGAAUGGAUGUCUGCUGGAGAACCUGAAUCUCAUGGGAGUUGAUGUGAAGAAGGCACGCCAGCGUCAGCCUGGGGUGUUUCGUAAAAUCCUCCCUAAUCAGCAAGAUUUCGCUCAGUUUCUGCGAAAUAAAGGUGCAAGCCACAAAGUGAUCGCUGCCAUUAUAUCCCGUUUUCCCCGCGUCAUCACCCGCUCCAUUGACCACUUGGAACAACGCUGGGGGCUGUGGAGAAACAUCUUCGAGACUGAUGCCGAAAUUGUGACCGUCUUGGAUCGCUCACCUGAGUCUUUCUUCCGGUCCAGUGAUAAUGUGAACUUGGAGAAGAACAUCACUUUUCUGAUCUCGCUGGGACUCGAAACCAAACACCUGCAUCGGCUGAUGACCACCGCUCCACGGACUUGCUCCAAGAAUGUAGAGCACCUCAAGGAGGUGGUGGAGCUUUUGACAGACAUCUGUCUGGAACAUGGUGGGAAGGAUCCUGAGCAGUUUGUUAAAGCCGUCAUAACCAGAAAUGUGUACAUUCUCAACCGAAGCACUAAGACAAUCAAGACAAACAUAGAUUUCCUGAAAGUCUCUCUCAAGUUGAGUAAUUCAGAACUGCUUGCUCUUCUUCAAGGCCCUGAUGCAGACAAACUGGACCUUUCCAGUGAAUAUCUGAAAAGGAGCUUUAUCGCUCUCGAGCAGAAGAUGGUUUCUCUUGGUCAGAAAGCUGAACUGAAAAAAGUAAUCUUUAGCUAUCCAAUGGUGUUGUUCAUCAAGUCGGAGAAGCUGAGCCUUAAACUGGACUGUCUCCUUGAAGGAGGAAUAACAGUGCAGCAGAUACUAGACAGCCCCAGAGUUUUAGAAUACAGCGCAAAAACCAUUGCAGAGCGACUAGAGGAGCUGAAGAAAGUGGGAUAUGACUUCCAGGAGAGUGGCAUCAAAAUCCUGUACACAAGCCGAAAGCGGUUUGAUGCAAAGAUUAGAAAGAAAGACUAACUGCCUCUCAUGAUGAAUGAAUGUAACUGUCUGUACUGUGAUGUCACAUAAUGUUGGAGGCUACUUUUACUUGAACUUGGCUUCACAUUAAUCAUGUUUUGUUCGUGUAGUAACUAGGAUAUGAUUUCUAGCUUCUCAGAUCUCUCUUUUGUAAUAUUUCAAUACUUCUGGUCAGGUUACAACAAACAAUUAUUGAAUUAUCGAUUCAUUUGCCAAAUACUUUUCUUGAAUAUUCGUGUCUCUAAAAGUUUCCUGUCCUCCAAAGUGCAUCUCCAAGUUAGUUGUUUUAUCCAACCAGUGAUCCAAAUCACAAGGUUAUUAAAUCAACAUUGAAAAGCUGGAACCAGGACAUUUUUGGCAUUUGAAUCAAUUGAACAUUGAAUCAAUUAUUUAGACAAGUACUGUGUAAUUGUCUGUUAAUAAACAAAUCAUUUCAGCUUUGAUAGCCAGUCAUUUAUUGACACAAAUUUUAAAAAUGUUCUCUGUCUGAGAUAUAUAGAUAACAUGUUGGAGAGCUGCUCUUGUAAUCCAUGUGAAGAUACAAUAUUGAAAUAAAAGUGAUAUCCAGA